GAGCGGAGCGAUAGGCGCAGAACGACGUCGGCUUCCGUGGGGUUCGUACGUGCCGGGUUGUACAAACGACAACAGCGUGCCGUGAAGUCGACGGAUUACUCACUCGAACGGGCGCUUUCUCUCCCUCCUUUCUCUCUCUUUCUCUCUCUCUGUCUCUAUCUCUACCUCUCUCUCUUUCUCCAUCUUUCUCUUUCUCUCCGUCUCCUUCGUUUGUCGGUGCAAACGCACGCUCCCCAUCUUGAGGUAUAUCCCCGCCGCCGCCGCCAGGUCAGCCUCAGUCUCGCGGUAAAGGACGUCGCGUGAGCUUGAGAGUUUCAGGGCGUCUGAAAAGAGGAAGACGUAAAGAUGGCAGAGGACAAGAACGAGACGAGCCCGAGCGCCGAGGGCGAGAAGCCGCAGGAAACGGCGGCGGCGUCACCGCCGCCCGCCAAGGACAAGGAGGAGCCGACGAAGGAGUGCAAGGAAGACGAGAAGAAGGUCGAGGAGAAUGGCGAAGGCGAGAAACCGAAGGAAAAUGGCGAGGAGAAGCCCACUCCGGAGCCGAAGGACAUGCGGGCGAUCGUACUCAAUGGUUUCGGCGGCCUGAAGAGUGUCAAGGCCCUGAGAAAGCCGGAGCCCACCCUCGGCGAGGGAGAGGUCCUGAUACGAGUCAAAGCCUGCGGACUGAACUUCCAAGAUUUGAUGGCUAGGCAAGGCGCGAUUGAUUCGCCCCCAAAAACUCCGUUUAUCAUGGGCUCGGAGUGCGCGGGUGACAUUGAACAAGUCGGCGAGGGAGUCGAGAACUUCAAAGUGGGUGAUAGAGUGGUCGCCCUUCCCGAUCACAAAGCGUGGGCGGAGCUAGUAACCGUUCCAGCAACGUCCGUUUUCGCGCUACCACCCGGAAUGAGCUACCUUGACGCGGCCGCCAUCACCAUGAACUAUACCGUGGCUUAUAUUCUGCUCUUCGAACUGGCCCAUCUCACGCCCGGCAAGAGCUUGCUGCUUCACAGCGCCGGCGGCGGUGUGGGUCAAGCGGUGGUUCAACUUGCGAAAACCGUGAAGGAUGUAACUAUCUUUGGCGUCUGCAGCAAAUCCAAGCACGAAGCUCUCAAAAAUGCCGGAACUAUCGACCAUCUUUUGGAACGCGGCACAGAUUAUAGCAACGAAGUCAGAAAAAUCUCCCCGGAAGGCGUAGAUAUUGUCUUAGACUGUCUGUGCGGCGAAGAAUGUAAUAAGGGCUACGCCCUCUUGAAACCGAUGGGCAAGUACAUUCUUUAUGGAUCCAGCAAUGUCGUCACCGGGGAAACUAAGAGCUUCUUUUCCGCAGCGCGAUCAUGGUGGCAAGUCGAUAAAGUAUCGCCUAUAAAGCUAUUUGAUGAGAACAAGACAUUGUCUGGAUUGAAUCUACGCCACUUAAUGUACCAACACGGCAGUCACGCGUUCGUUCGACGAGCAGUGAAUCAAGUGUAUACACUGUGGAGCGAGGGCAAGAUCAAGCCAGUGGUGGACUCAACAUGGGCGCUGGAGGAUGUACCCGAGGCUAUGCAAAAAAUGCACGAUCGCAAGAACAUCGGUAAGAUCGUGCUGGAUCCGAGUCUGGAGCCGAAGCCCAAACCAGCUACGCCGGCUAAAGGCAAAGCGAAAGACAAGAAGGCCGCAAAUCAGGAGGAGAAGAAGGCGUCUAGCGUAGAGUCGGAAGAGGGAGAGAAGAAGAAGGAGCCCGAAUUAACAAACGGUACCUCAGAAGACAAAUCUGAUAGCGAUUCUAAAGAAAAGGAAUCUAGCUGAAUUAGCGGAAACUAAGGCGAAAAAUUGAUAUCCGUAAACGUCAAGAAUUUUCCAAAAAAUACUAUUGCCCGAAAGAACGAGAAAUUAAGUUCGUUUUAAAUAUGUAACGAGCGAUAUCGCGCAAAGUUUACAUGCAGAUGAUCGAUAACGAAUUAUAUCAUGCGACUUAAUAUAAUGGAUGAAAAUUAAUCUUCGAAAAACUAUUAAAAUAUGGAAUAUGAAAAAUUUCAAUUUAGUAAUCAAUCGCUUGUACUAAGUUGUCACAUAUUACUCUCUUAUGUCUAAGAAUCACCAUUUUCAACGCUCAUCAUCUGCACGUAAAUAUCCUUCUUUACAUUUGCGCCGAGAUUAAGAAUUCAUGCGAAUUAUGAAAAGGGAGGAGAAUCAACCAGCAUAUUAUAAAAACAAGAAAAGCAACCAAAUAGAAAUAACAAUCUUGAUGCGGUCCACAGUAGUUUACAGAAUAUAAGAACGUUAUGUUUAUUUUUUCACAUCGACUAAAUGGUUAAUUUUGCGAGGAGUUAAGUAAACGACUAUUGGAUAUCACGUAGUCAUUAGGCAGCUUGAUUCUUUUUUAUUACCGCUAUUAUUUUAGGAAAUGGAUGUAACUACCUUUCCGUACUUAUUAAACAAUCGAGCUCAUAAAGACGAUGUAGAUCAUAAAGACGAACAGCAGUUUAAUAACUGUGUGUUAUCCAACAGCUAUCUACUUGGCUCUGUUUAUCUGUAUCGAAUACUAUCGCUGCUACAGUAUAUAUACUAACAUUCUCUCUUAUACUAAUAUAAUAUUACCUCUAUUUGUAAUUUAUAAUGGGAUAAAAUAACAUAUUGCGCUAACGUCGCAUUUUCGUAAAGAAAAGCUAAAAAUGCAGAACUGCAUUACUUUCGUAUAUAAAUUUUACGUAUUACAAAGAUAUUUUUACGCCACUUUAUUAUUCAUCGUGAUCCUUUUGUCACGAUGAAAGAUCCUUUGAAAUUUUAACGAUAGCCAUGAAAGUCAAGAGUAAUAUUUAGUACACUACAUAUACCGGGCAUUUAGCCAAGAUUUGGAUGCUCUUUUUUCAUACGUUUUCAUACUUCAUAUAGUUUUUAUGUAAAAUUAGUUAUAGACUUUUCCUAUGUGUAAAAAUUGAGAAGUAGAAGAAAUUGAAAUAUUAAAAUAUAACUAUCAAACAGCUUAUUAUAAUCGAUAUUUUUCAAAUCAAAAUUAUAACUCUUUUUUUUCGAAUCACAUGCAUUAAUCUUUGCAACGAUAUAUCAACGAACUUUCAAAAUAUUUCGAUUAAAUUUUUGAAAUCCGAAAUGUAAUACAAAAUUAAAUAAAAAUUGAUCUGUGUUAAUGUUUGUCAUAUGCUAAAAAUGAUGGAUAGUCGGAGAUUUGAUAUCUAAUCUCUCUCUCUCUCUCUUUCUCUCUCUCUCUCUCUCUCUCUCUGAAUAUAAGAGAAUUGAUAUAUAACAUAAAUUAAUUAACUAAAAAUGUAAUUAGACUGAUUAAUUAUGGCUUGAAACUAUAAGCCUAAUAGAGAUAUUAUUCGGCACAUAAGUGCUUUGAGAAUUAUUUUAACGAAUGUUGGCGUACUAUUAUUUCUCCUCAUGACUUUCGAAUCAGUUUUAACAAAAUAUAAUGUACAUGCUCGCAUAAUAUAACAUCUCAUCGUUUUUAUUCAGAUGUGCGAACCAAUGAUGUACUUUAAAAGCUCCUUUAAAUAACUUUAUUGUUUAAAUGAAAUUUUAUAAACAUAUUUAAUGACGUUGCAUCAACAUGUACAUGAAGAGUAAUUUAAUGAAUUAGCAUCAUAGAAUAUAUCGCUUUUCUUACGAGAAGGAACGACAGUCAAAAAAAAAAAAAAAUACGCAAGGCCUCAUUUUCUAUUAUCACGUACUCGCGUGAAUACAUAAUUGUGUCGCUUAAGACGCCGAAUGCGUGACUGCAAUCCGAUAAAUUAUGUUACAUCCGCAUUGCGGUCUUUCUUCAACUUUCGAACCUUCGAAUGAUAUUUUUGCGACGGUCGUGAUAUAUUGUUGGCCGUUCUACGUGUGCAAAAAAUAGCGAACGUGUUAUUGACGGCGAUCCGUGUUGAGCGAGAAGAUUUUCAUAAUAAUAUAAAUGAAAGAUUAAAGAUCCUCGCGAGUCUGUCUAUAGAGGAGGUGAGAUAAAGGAAAAAAAAAAAAUUUCGAGGGCGUGUCCUCUCGAUGGAAUGCGGCUCAGUGAAGAAUCUGACCGAUGCAGAACAAAGUGUGCAUAUCUCUCCGGAACGUUGGAACAAUUUUGGUGUAGCCGAUUUCGUUAGGAUUUGAUACUAGCUCUGUAUACUGAUAUCUAUAUUAUACAAAUCAUUAUGCGAGAAGAAAAAGACAAGACGCGCGGACGAGAGGAAAGGUAUGUGUUGAGGAUAUCCCGCGCGCGAAUCUCGUCAGAAAUUGUCAGAGAAGCGCGCGAAAGAGCCAAGAAUUACUGCCGUAUCGAGUCUCUCGGUCCAAAAAAAGUACAUAAUAAUAUCUUACUCAUCAAGAAAAUAUAUCGAUCUGAAAAGAAAAAGACAAAAAAAGCGCGAAAAAAUGCAAAAAACAUGAUAAAUGUGGCUGCAUAUUUUGAGACAUCUUUUAAACACGUAAGAGAUACACUUAAUCCGACACGAAAACACGACACACGCCCACACACGAGAUACGAUGACAUACAUCAUACUGUAUAUUUUAUUGUAAGGCUUUAAAUGUUUCAUCAAAUAACUCUAUUAUAUUAUAAUAUAUCUAUAUAUAUUUGUAUCAAUCGUUUCCUCCUGCCCUGAUUCUUUAGGUCCGAAGCACGAAUGUCAGAACAAUAAGUCUGGGAUGUGCGAGUGUUAUACAUGAGAUUAGAUGCGAGAGCUUUAAAUCUAGAGAGCGUACGCGAAAAUCGACAGGCUAUUUUUUAUAAUUAGUAAUUUUCCCAACAAUCAAAUCUCGUACGAAAUUGUGUUUUCGCACAUAUUUUAUAUCAUUUUAUUUAUAUUUUAAAUAUCAUGCUUCAUGCAACACCUGUACAGCUAACAGUGUAUUUUUAUUUUAUGUAUUCUCAAUUUUUUUCUUUUCGAAACAUGCUUUGCGUGAGUAGUUAUUUUUAAUGCCUAGCAUGAGAAUUAAGAUUGAUUUGUGAUUAUUAACAUACUUAAGAGAGGCCGCCGCACUCCAGAAAAAUUUACACAAAUCAGACUUGCACAAAAAUGAUGAAAUUUUAUGCUACCGUUAUUUUAUGCUCGCGUUAAAUAUCGUCAAAUCAAAAUGCAACUGUGAAGUGCUACUAUAAUUUUAGAAAAAUGUUCGAAUGAACAAAAAUUGCGCGGAUAUUACGAUGUUAUGUCGCUUUUAUCUCUGUAAUUGCUACAUAUAUAUAUACAUAUAUGAUUGAAUUUCUAAACAUUUUAUAAAAAUGCAUAUCUAACGGCUACAUCAUUCGACCGGGCCGCUUUUAAAUUUUAAGAGUCGACUGAAUUUAAACAAUUUAAACUGCGAGACAAUCUACGCAACCGAAACAUGUUCGAUAAUUAUGAACGAAAUGUAUAAUUUCAUGCCAGCACGCAAGAAUCAUUUAGUAGUAAUAAUUCGAUUUAUAUCUAGAACGAAUCCUUGAAACAAAUUGCGCAUACUUUAGAAAUGAUUGUCAAGAAUGACAAGAUGGAAAUUGUUCGCAAUCAUCAAAAAGGGGUACGCGGCGGAGGAAUCCGUUUCCGAAGCUUGACAAAACAAUUUUUUGAUAUUUGAAGAAUACUUUUAAAGGCUCGUCUCAAAGAGCUACGUAAUCAUUCCGUUGGCGCGAUAGAGAGCGAGGAUGAGAGGAUAUUGAGCACGCGUGCGUCUCUUAUUAGUUAUGCGAACCCGUAUCGUUAGAAAGCAGGACCUACAAUUUUGCGAACGUGAUACAUUAUGAUUGUGUAAAAUUGUAAAAUUUGUCGAGGGGUCCGGGCGAAAGCAACGACCGCUUUUUCCCCCACCGUCGAGAUUCUUGAUCGCGAUUUAACUGCGAAGAAGCUCACGGGAAAAGGGAAAAACCUUUGCCUGCUCCCCGUCAAGCUUGAUAUAGAUUGUAUUUUUGGCUUAUUAUUGUAAGACUGACUAUGUUGCUAUAUUAAAGAUUGCUUCGAAAACACA